GUUUAUCGGUGACACACUGGGAACAGCUGUUUUGACCGGCCAGCAGCUAGCUAACGUUAUCACCCGUCCUUUAUAUUUCACAGGUUGACUGAGUUGAAGACUGUUACCAUGGAGCCCGCCUGCCGUAAAGACAAGCCGAAGCUGAACUCCACCCCGACCAGAGGUGACCGAGCCAAGCAGAAAUCUGCACAGCAAGAGCUCAAACAGAGGCAGAGAGCAGAGAUCUAUGCUUUGAACAAGGUGAUGACGGAGUUGGAGCAGCAGCAGUUUGAGACCUUUUGUAAACAGAUGCAGUCACAAGGAGAAUGAGAGUUCCUCCUUCCUCCAUCAUGUAGAUCUGAAUCUGGACCUGGACCCGUCUUCCUCCGAAAAACAGCAUGUACAUGCAAACUUGAACCCAACCACACACUUACACACACACAGUAUAGUUGGGUAGAUUUGUGGUGCUGUCUCACAUCCUGAGAAGACUUGAAAAACACACAGAAGGCCAUUGUUUUCUAAUAUUGAAUCAGACAAUCUUUGCUCCUGUUGUUUUACUGACUUUCCUCUGAUUUUGUAACCUGCUUGAAUAUGCCAGAGAGUAUUUUUUUUAUUUAUAAGCUGUACCAUUAACUGAAAGCAAACAUUGAGAACAGGAAGCAGAGUUGCAUAUUUCCUAUAAACACAUUAGGUCACUGACUUUCCCUUCAAUACUUCACUCUGUGUAUAGUACUUUUAACAUUCAACUCAAAUCAACAUUUCUUCAUGUAGAAAGUCUGUUCAUCACAUUCUAAUCAGCUUAGAUUUUAUCACAUUGGAUAACAUCACUUACACUUAAGAAAAGAACAUGAGCUUCCCACUGGAGUCCUUGUUCUCACUCAUUGUCAUGGAUCCAGUAUUGCUUAAGAAACUCCUGAGAACAAUAGAAUAAUGGAUACUCUGUUGUCCAGUGCUUGGCAGGUAGCAUUCAGUUGGCUUCUUUAACCAGCAUAAGAGGUGAAAGGAGGUGAGGCUGCAGUUUGAUUGCAUUGCUAAGGUCACAUUUUUGUUAAUCUACAGUAAAGUAAGUUUGGACACACUUUCUCUUUUAAAGGAAUGGAAGGUGUGUCCAAACCUUUGACUGGUACUGUAAAUAAUGUAACUAGACUGACUGAUAUUGGCCAUGACAGAGACAAUAACUUCAGUUACUAUUGACAGGCUACAGCUGCAGCCACAGCUAUUGAUUCUAAGUUGGAACAGCAAUACAGCAAGAGUUUGUUUUCCAGCCAUUUAUGAACAUUUCUUAAUGUAGCUAUAUAAUAGACAGUGCCCUUAAUGUGCCAGUGUUAAUGGUGCUCCCUUUGAACACUAUGUUGUGAAUGACAUUGUUUGCAUUGUACGCCAUUUGGUCUGUACAUGAAGUAAUAUUGCAUUUUAUUGUUAGUCACUCUGAACAACUUCUUUGAUUUCAUGAAAAUA